AUGAAAUGGCAUUGCGCCGCGCUGGCGCUGCUGCCCACCGUCGUCGAAUCUGCCGACAAGGUGAACUUUACCAUCGAGGUCCGGGUCAAUGUCACCGGUGCGUUCCUGCAGUCUGUUGAGUCUUCCGACAGCCCUUCCACUUCCCAGCUCAUACAGGUCAAGCAGAAGAUCGUGCCUCUUUCAUGGGAUCCCUCCGUGGAAAGUGCGAUGGUUGCGGCACGAAGGUUCGCCGCACAGAACGACCUACAAACAGGAAGCGUAUGGGCGUUGGCCGAGGAGAUGGGCUUGAACCGUGCUUGGACGGCCGCGAAACAUGGGCAGUCACCGGAGGUGACGGAGAUGCCGGUGCACGUUGGAAGCCGAGUGCGUUCGCCCGAACUGCCAACAGGGCAGUCCGUCAUCUCUCUGUAUUUGGGCCACGACUCGGGUAUCACUGUCAGUCAAUACGGCCGCAUCCAGUGUGUCCUCGAGUUGGAGAGAUAUUUCAACAUUAGAUAUUUCCGCCCCAACGUCAGCUCCCCAGCUGACAAAUAUCAGGGGGAAUGGCACAAAGCGCUUCGUGCCGUGGAGAAGCACUGCGAGUAUGAGGAUGGGCAAAAGCCUCAGCAUUUCACCGAUGGUGUUAUCGUCUUUGCCGGGGACUUCGAGUGUUACCAACUUUGGCUAAGAGGUGUUGUGACUAUGAUCUUCACUGUGGAGCGAUGGCAUAUGGUCGAUCAUCAUGAGGCACAUGCACUCCUGGGCUACUAUUCUUCUCCCUUCCACUCCAACCCCUCUCGAACUACCAUGGUCUUGUCCUAUGACUCCGCCGGCAACGAUGGGUCCUUUAAUGUCUAUGUGGCAUCAAAGGGGAAGUUCCAGCGCAUUGCGCAGCUGGCGUAUUCCCUUGGUAAUGCAUACGAUUUAGUUGGCGUUCUGAUGCCUGAAGUCUCAGGCCAUCCAUUGACGGAUUUUGUCGACUGCAACGACACUGACGUCCUGAACACCUCGUCGGAUGCGAAGGUAAUACGGGUGGGUGCUUACUACGAGAAGGCUUAUCAGAAGCUGAGUUGGGCAGGGAAGCUGAUGGGCUACUCUGCUGUUGGCGAAGUCCGUGAGGACCUGCGCGAGUCCAUGCGCUUCCUGCUCGAGGAAUGCCGUUCCUUCAUUCCGGGAGGUAUGGGUUUGCCGCUGCCCAUCGUGCGCGCUGCCUGCGAGUCUCUGGAUGGCCAAAGGGCCGUCGCGGCGACGAUGCAGUCGGAAUUCGAGAAGUUCUUGCUCAGCCGCUUGGAGGCCUUCCUGCGCUUCUUGGGGCCCGGGAAGGUCGACAGCAUAGUUCUCAGUGGUGGUUGUGCCCUCAACGUUCUGACCAACCAGGUUGUGCAUGACAAGUUGUCGUCGGGCAAGACUGGCGGGGUGAAAGGUCGCGAUCCAGACUUCUUCGUUCCGAUGGCACCCAACGACAGCGGUCUCACCGUCGGCGGCGUCUGGUCCGUGGUACCACCUCCGCCAGGCGAGCAGCGCUUGCAGUAUCGUGGCUUCCCUCUCUGGGAUCUCGACUUGCUACCACAUCUGGCUCGGAGCCACGGGGCCAGGCGCCUCUCAAAGCGGGGUGGCAUCGACUACCUCGCGGAGCUACUCUCAGGCGGCCCUGCGUGGCGGAGGUAUCCCAACCGGACUGCUGACAAACCCAUCAUCGCAGUGGUCCGCGGCCGACAGGAGUUUGGUCCGCGGGCUUUGGGCCACCGGUCGCUGCUGGCAGUGCCUGAUUCCGAGGAGAUGCGCGACCGGAUGAACCGGCUCAAAGCCAGAGCCUGGUAUCGGCCCGUUGCACCCAUGGUCGCCGACGAGGCCAUGGUGCAGGUGUUUGGUCGAGCAGUCCACUCGCCAUACAUGACUAUGGCGCCUCAAGUUCUGCCUGAGAUACGCAAGCAAUUUCCCGCCAUGGCACAUUUGGAUGGCACCGCCAGGCAGGAUCCCCACCUGCUCAGCAAAGCAGGAUAG